AUGACUCGCGACGUCCUCAAAGCCGCCAAGUCCGCAUCGAACGCGAUAGCCGUCCAUAAGUCUACGGGGAUAUGGGAACGUCUUCGCCGUCUUCUUGCCAUCGAUCCCAAUCGCUCUACUGGAGUCCCACUUAACUCGCAAUAUCGACUUCCGACUCCUGGUGCUCUCCCGCCGCAAUCUUAUGAUGACCCCGUUACUGUCCCAGCAGCAGACAUUGCCGACAACCCUUACUGGAAGCGCGACGUCCGGAGAAAUUACCCCAGACUUAGCAUAGUCAACCAGGCAGACGCUGUUGGCCUUCUUACAGUAGGUAGCCGGGCGGCGCCCAAGGACGACGUUCUGCAGACCGGGCAGGCAGGAGAGCAGCAGUUGGUUGAGGUUAAACAGCAAGGAGAAGAGCGUGGCCUCGCUGCCAUAUUUGAGAAGGACAAGAGGGGCAUCCAGGGCGUUCUGGGCGCCGAUGGUCUGCCGCCAACUCCUUGUAACUUGAACGCCUCUGCGGCCAAGUAUCAGCUUGGUCAAGGUCAAGGCUAUCCUGCUGUGUAUCCUUGCCGGACGUUCGUCUAA